ACAAAACGCCAAAAAAAAGGUCAAAGCCAAAACCGGCCCGUGGCCCGUGUUUCUGUUUAGUUUUGUAAAAGUUUGAUAUUUAAUUAUUUUCAAUAAAAAAGAUCAGAAAUUAAUUACUCUAGAUGAAACUUGUUAAACCCCAUUGGGUUCAUCAUGAUGAUAAGCCCAUAUUUUCAGUUGACAUUCACCAAGAGUGCCUCAAAUUUGCCACUGGUGGGCAGGGGAAUGAUUCUGGUAGAGUUGUCAUAUGGAAUCUACUUCCGAUCCUAUCGGAAAAAGCUGAAUUGGAUGAUUCAGUGCCAAAAAUAUUGUGCCAAAUGGACAGCCAUUUAUCGUGUGUCAACUGUGUAAGAUGGUCCAAGAAUGGACAACUUCUAGCCUCUGGUUCGGAUGAUAAACUUGUCAUGCUCUGGAAAAAAGCCAAGGGUUCAAGCGGUGUUUUCGGCACGGGUGGUAUAACAAAAAACCCUGAGAGUUGGAAGUGCAUUGCAACUUUAAGAGGUCACUCUGGAGAUGUCUUGGAUUUAGCUUGGUCUCCGCAUGAUCGAUGGCUAGCAAGUUGCAGUGUUGACAAUUCCAUUAUUGUGUGGGAUGCCCAGGCGCUGCCCUCCAUGGUGGCAAUGCUCAAAGGGCACACUGGGCUUGUCAAAGGUGUAACCUGGGACCCAGUGGGAAAGUUUUUAGCUUCCCAAAGCGAUGAUCGAAGUGUAAAGAUUUGGAAAACCAGUGACUGGACGUGUAGUAAUACAAUAACAGAACCCUUCGAAGAGUGUGGUGGAACCACGCAUAUUCUUCGAUUGUCUUGGUCUCCUGAUGGUCAAUAUUUGGUGUCAGCACAUGCCAUGAACGGUGGUGGUCCCACUGCUCAGAUAAUCGAACGUGAAGGUUGGAAAUGUGACAAGGACUUUGUUGGCCAUCGGAAAGCUGUCACGUGUGUGCGCUUUCAUUCGUCAAUACUUAAGCGGCAAGCUCCGAAAACCAAUAAACCUCAGCAAUAUUGCUGCUUAGCAGUUGGAUCACGCGACCGAUCUUUAUCGGUAUGGAUGACUGCUCUGCAGCGACCACUAGUCGUUAUACAUGACCUUUUUGAAGACAGCAUCCUGGAUUUAUCAUGGGGCGCUGAGAAGUGCAUUUUACUGGCGUGCAGUGGAGAUGGCACUGUAGCUUGUUUGCAAUUCUCCGAAAAGGAACUAGGAACAUCACUUUCGGAAGAAGAUAAAAAUUUACUUUAUCAAAGAAUCUACGGAAAAGGAACAUCUUUUGAAACAACCACUUCGGCUAGGGAUACACUUAUUGAAAAUGCUGAACUACUAAAUGCAGUACCGGAACAAGUUUUUCCGCCAUCUUUUCCGAUCGACCUUAAAUCAGAAACUGUUAAAGAAACGAUGAAUCGUAAUAUAACAUCAAACUCUGCUGGGACGAUCUACCAAGCUAAGGCCAUCAACAAACAAACUGAAACUCGAACAAAAGAUGGAAAACGAAGAAUCACUCCUGUUUUCAUUCCCCUAAAUCAGGAACCAGGGGAAGUACCAGCAGCAGUUAUAAACAGCAGUUCCCGUCCUAAAAAUGAUGCCAUUGUAAUUGACGAGAAGCAAUUUAUCAGCUAUACGGAUACUUCAGUAAUGAAACCAAUUAUAACAGAAGCCGAGCAAACACGUUUAGAUAAUCGAUUAACAAAAAGUACACUAGCAAUAUCUCCUUCGCAUGCUAGUCAAACUGUGCUGAAAUCGUUUCCAGCUGUCUCAACAUCGUCCAAUUUAAACCCCAAAUCUGCCAUUUGCAAUGGUCCUGGUUCACAUCCAAAUAAAAAUGAACUUAAUAAAUCGGCUCAAGAUUAUAGAGUGCACGUGCAAAAUGGAGCUCUUACAACAUCAAUGGGUCCUCUAACUAAAGUUAUAUGCUGGGCUGUCAAUGGUAAUGAAAAAAUUUGGGAAAUAUUUGUUGGAUCACAUAUCGCGUCAUCUUGUUUAUCUUCAAAGUACUUGAUAGUGUGCAGUGUUGAUGGAACUCUACGGAUACUUUCACUAAAUACAGGCAAUACGGUGUUUCCCAUAAUAAACUUAGCUUCCACCGCAGUCCAGUGUGCUUUUUGCCCCCUUGGAAAUUUGGUUGGCGUGAUAACAGAAUGCGGUUUACUUCGAAUAUGGGAUAUUGCAUUAAAAAAAAUUGUCAUUUCAACAACCUGCACAGAAAUAUUUGGAAAACACGAUCAAGUUGUUCAAUUCAGCAUCACAGAAAAUGGAGUUCCUUUUGUCUUGUUUUCCAAUGGAAAUUCGUAUACAUAUUCAAGCAGCAUGGAAUGCUGGAUGGUAUUAAACUCCAAGGAUCCCGCAAUACGGCAUGGCUUAAGGACAGCAAUACCAAAAGAUUUUCAAAAGAACUUCCGAUCUUAUCCUCUUACAACUAUACAAUCCUCAUCAAAUAAUUACACUCCUAAUUCUUCAGAGAUGAACAAAGAUGACUGGCAAUCAGGAGCUAAACUGCUUUUCAUAGAAAACCAGAUAAAGCUUUGUGAAGUUGUUAAUUCGCCAAAAGAAAUGCAACAUUGGUAUUCUUCGUUGGCAUAUCAUCUGGCAACACACGGUGUAGAAAAACAAAUAAGAUUACUUCUCGAUGAAUUGUUGGGUACAAAUUGUGCACAAUCGAGUGAAGAAGAUCUUCAAAUUUUGGGAAUUCCUAAAAAACAUCUUUUAGAUACUGUCCUAAAUGUUCUCAAACUACAUCCAAAAUGGCAACGUCUUUAUAUGGAGUAUCGAGAACUUAUAGAUUGUAAGAACGAUAAUAUCAACAAGCUUUGGAAUUAGUAUUUUUUUAUAUAAGAACACAAUAUAAUUAUAAGUCACAAAACAAUAUUUGUUUUUAAAUGUGAUAAAAACUCAAAUACAUUAAAUUCAUAAUUUAAAUUUGGAAUGAUUUAUCUUAUUAACGAUUAUCAUUUUUAUUAUUAACGGAAACAUUCAAUAUUGAUAAAUUGGCUCACAAAGAAAAAGU